AUGGAUCCAAUAAGCGCGACCUCAACCCGGGUUGUCGAUAUUUUCCCGGGAAAGAAGCUCGAAAACCAACGCCCAUUCCACGCAAAAUUGCCGGGUUUUCUGGCUGCGGACACGAACGAUCGAACAUUUCGGCCAGCCGAAACUUCAGCCGAACAUUUUCAUACGGUGGGAGCCGGGGCGCAAGGGGAUGCCGUAGUGGCGGCCGUCCUGAAAAAAGCCGGGCAACCCGACCGGAAGGUGGUGGCAAAACGCUAUGCCAUCAACCAAAAUACGACGGCCGAUCAGCUACGCCUUUUGCGCCGCGAGAUCCGAAACAUGAAAUUUCUAGUGCACCAAAAUGUAGUGCCGUUGCUGGCGACAUUCUGGGAGCCGGGAACGAAUUCGGAGGGAAAGGGCACGAUCGAUACCGUAUGGCUGGUGGCUGAGAGGAUGGACGUGUCGCUGGCCAAAUAUAUUGAGCUGCUCGGCGGAAAAGGAGGACUUCGCCCCUCGGAUCAUACCGUAUGCCUGCUCGUUCAGCUGUUGAUGGCGUUAGAUUAUUUGCGGCAAAGGGGCAUUAUGCAUAGGGACAUCAACCCGAAAAACAUCGGGCUCAAUAAGCAUAACUUCGUGAUCAAGCUGCUCGAUUUUGGGUCUUGCGGCUACACCUCAAGUAAUGGCAGGCAUACAACCCAUGUCACUACCCCAUGGGCAAAUCGACCUCUAGAAGUGCUCCUCCACGAUGAGGGCGGCUACAAUUGUGCCGUCGACAUUUGGGCGGUUGCGCUGACGGUGUUGGAAUUUACUGGGGUGCCGUUGUUCGAGUUUACGGCCGAUGACAAUAGGACAGAAGUAGAGAAGCGCUCGAGUCUGAUGGUGAACAAGAUUUUGGACGUGAUGGGGCUGAAUGAAUACUGUCACGGAUUUAAACAACUUAUCGCUUACGAAAAACGAUCUGGAAAUCUGGGGAAACGACUAACUACCGCCGCUAACCGAAUAGCACCUUGCCCCCAAGGCAUAUCAACACCGAAAAAAUUCGUGGAGCUUCUAACGGCGAUGCUACAGCCGAAUCCAAUGGAUCGGCCACUGCCAAUUCAAUGUUUGAAUUACCCAUAUAUUGAAGCUAGAGCGAAAUGGUACAUGCGAGAUGAAAACCGCGGUCGUGCCGAAAAAUCAACAGCCCAUGAUGAACUGCUCGAAGACCUCCGCCAUUUUUCGCUACAAAUU